UGCGGAAGAGGUACUCACAUCCGCACAUUCUCGUGCCUCGAUCUAAUUAAUCUUCCUUUUUGCUCUUCCUAAUUUUCUUUUCGGAUACGUUGUGGUACAUGGUCACAUUUGCUAAUUCAAUCCCAUCUUUACAGUGAAACUUCUGUACGCGCUUGUUUCGCACCGGGAGGAUUUCAUAACGACAGAAGCACGCGAAGAGUAGCACAAUGGCGCAAUUAGUCCAAAUGAUUUACGAUGGUUAUCGAGACUUAAUGGACAACAAAAGUGAUCCGAGAGUCAACGAUUGGCCGAUGAUGAGCGGCCCGUUCUCCACAUUAGCAAUUUGUUUAUUCUACGCCUAUUUCGCUAAAGUUUUGGGGCCAAAACUAAUGGAAAAUCGAAAACCCUUUGAUCUCAGAAAAGUAAUGAUAUGGUACAAUCUUUUUCAAGUAAUAUUCUCCACGUGGUUGUUCAACGAAAGUCUGGUCUCGGGUUGGGGAGGACGAUAUUCCUUCAGGUGUCAGCCGGUCGAUUACUCAAACGACCCGAUUGCGCUGCGCAUGGCACGAGGUUGCUGGUGGUAUUACAUCUCAAAGUUCAUCGAGUUCACGGACACAAUUUUCUUUGUAUUGAGAAAAAAAAACGAUCACAUUAGCACUCUCCAUGUUAUCCAUCACGGCUGCAUGCCCAUGUCUGUUUGGUUUGGAGUAAAAUUUACCCCCGGUGGUCAUAGCAGUUUCUUCGGUUUUGUGAACACCUUUGUACACAUCGUAAUGUAUUCGUAUUACCUUCUGACGGCGCUUGGACCUCAAAUACAGCCAUAUCUGUGGUGGAAGAAAUACUUGACCACUUUGCAAAUGAUCCAGUUCGUCCUUGUAAUGGUCCACGCAUUCCAAUUACUUUUCAUCGAUUGCAAUUACCCGAAGGCCUUCGUUUGGUGGAUAGGCAUGCACGCUGUGAUGUUUUAUUUCCUCUUCCGCGACUUCUAUAAUGAAGCGUACAAGAAGAAGAAUUUGAAAAACGCUGUAGGCAAGCAAAGGAAUGAAAAGGAACGGAACGUAUUUAAAGAUCAAGGAGAUAUCAAGGAGAACAUCAAUGAGAAGGGCGCGAUAUAUGCAAACCAAUAUAAAAUAGCCACUGGUUAUAUCUCGGACAGCGGUCUCAGAAAUCGCGUGUUUAUCAAUCGAGGCUUUGAUGAAUAAUGAGAAACUUUUAAUUUAAAGAGACUUCUCAAUUAUACGUCGAGCGUACAUACGAGUGCAAUCGUUAUUUAAAGCACUUCGCCACAUUGCACCAUAGUCGCUAUCCUCAUGGUGUGAUCGAAUAAAAGUGACAAAUAGACAGAGGAUAUUAAAAUAAAAGAAAUAAAAAAUGAAAGGAAAUGCGCAUUAAACGCCUACCGGAAUUUGUGAAAAUCCGGUUUUAGUGGCGUUCUUUCUGAGUGCUUUGCGGCGAAGUUUUUUUACGUGUAAAAAUUUUCUUACGUAUAUUAUAUGUAUGAACGGGUAUACGUGUGCCAAUGUGUGUUUACUAAAUUGUGUGUGUUGGAUAGUUUAUCGAGAAGCGAAAAUAGAGACUGGAUAAAGCGUUGUAACGAAAUUGACAAAAUGACUAAAAAUUACUCUUUCCAGUUAGAAUACGAAACGAAACUCAUUCUUCGAUAGAUUGCCCUUUCCAGAAAGAGGAGGCCUUUAAAGGGAUGAUUUUUAUUAAUAUUUAUAUAUAGAUUUAUUAAUAUUUAUAUAUAUAUAUAUAUAUAUAUA